AUGUCCUCCCCGGCACUUCCACCCAGCAAGCGGCGGCGAGUCACCCUUGCUUGUAGUCUAUGUCGGCGCCGGAACGGUGAUCAUCCAUGCACAUUAUGCCAAGAGCUGGGUGCAGAGUGUCAGUACCCAGAUAGCACUAUUCCUUCUAAUUUGACCGUGGGGCGAAGCUACAUUUCCCAGCUUGAGCAGAGAUUGCAAGAUAUUGAAGGUUCCAUCGAGCAGCUCCAGAGAUCGUUAUCAACUGGCGAGGAGCAUCGAUCUGUUUUACUUCCACCACCACUUGGUGGCCAUGACGCUGCUGAACUAGGAGAGAUCGACAUCUCAGAGAAUUCAAUAGAUGGUAUGGGAGCCAUGAAAUUUACAAAUGAAGAGGACUGCGGGUUUUUCGAAAAUCUCAGUCACUCACUCAUUCAAGGUCCCUCGUCAAAUAUUGCUUUUAUGCGCUACAUAUCUCGAGCAAUAUUGCAAGUCAAAUCAGGAAACGAAUUAGUUGAUGCCAUAUCGCCGACGGACCAGAGACGUAGAGGAAUGGUAAAUGUCUCUAAGUCUAGGCCGCCAUCCCCUGACCCAACAUCAGGCAGAGUUGACAAUUUAACGAGAAACACUGGAGUGAAUAUAUACGCACUACCAUCAGAAGAGCGGACGUGGAGCCUGAUUCAACAAUAUUUUCAUAAAACCGGACAGCUUUUGCCAUUUAUCCAUGAGCCAUCUUUCUGCAAAACAUACCUUCAAAUGAAGCAAGAACGUUUCCGCGCCGUGCGGCGAACUUGGCUCGGCCUGCUUAAUAUUGUUCUUGCCAUCGCGGCGAGUUUGUCAACAAAGGAUGACGUACCUGUGGAUAAAAGGAUUCAAGAAUCUGACAUUUACUACCAAAGAGCAAACGGCUUGUGUGAUCGAGACUCCAAACGUAAUGCAAGUCUAGAAAUGGUACAAUAUCUACUGAUUCUAGGUCAAUACCUUCAGGGAACUCAAAAAUCUGUUCAGGCUUGGACCACACAUGGACUAGCGAUUUCGGCGGCCUAUCAACUGGGAUUGCAUUCACCUGACGCGAACCAGGGAUUUUCGCCUUUAGAAUGCGAAAUACGUAAGCGGACUUGGUAUGGAUGUAUUCUUCUUGAUCGGUAUUCGUAUAUAAAGCUUGAUAUGCCCCUCAAGGAUAUGCAAAUGCUUGGCUCAUCUUUGGAGGUGGACCCAUGCCCUCAGCUCGAUGGUGCUUUCUUUACAGCUGCCAUAAAACUUUACGUUAUACUAUAUAAUGUUUUGGAUUCGUGUUAUGGACAAAACCUCGGCUUUGAAGAUCCCGCGUCUGUUUCCAGCGCCAUCUCUCGCGUAUUCGACGGACAACACCAAUUAGACCUUUGGCGACUUCAAUCAGUCCCAUCACUGGGCUUCCGCAUUUGGGAUACGAUAAUGAACCCCGAGGAUGUUGAAAAAAUGGACAAAGACUCAAUUAUUUGCCAUAGGUUUAGCAUUGUUCUCUCAGUGCGCUACAAUAACCUCCGAAUCUUGCUUCAUCGUCGGCAUCUAGAGAGUCUUUUAAAAUCCCUUGGGACUUCCGAAGAUGACUCAGGCAAUGCUGAUAAAAGGCUUCUACAUCAAAUGAGUCUGAACAGUGUUGAAUCUUGCGUUGAAUCUGCCAUUUCUAUCAUCUCGGUAGUUCAUUGCAUAACGAUGUCUAGCAGCUGGCGACGCGAAUUGCUAGGCGCAUGGUACUAUUCUCUUUAUUACACAUUCAAUGCCGCGCUGGUUAUUUUUGCAUCUAUCAUGAUAAUAUCUGCGUCUAAAGAGCCCCUCAACGAUACGACUGUCUGGAGAAAGGUCAGUCACUCACGUCCCUACAUAGAAAACGCAAUUGAAGCGCUACGCCGGCUGGAUUCUGGGAACCGAGUGAUUGAACGCUGUGUGGAGUACCUUGCACAGCUCUCUUUAAUUUUAGGCGCUAUGGGUAAGCGAGAUACCACUAACACCGUUGUUGCGUCCAUUUUUUGUCUAAGAAAAACACAAGCUUAUCAACCAAUGACUAACUAA